CAGAAUCCAAGAUGGCGGGGUCCAGGCGAAAGGGUCCUCAGGCCAGAGCUCGGCCACUUUUCUGCGCCCUGCUGCUGUCGCUCAGUCACUUCGUCGGGGGUGACGGCGUGGGAGGCGACCCUGCGUUCGCCGGUGCCGCGGACACCCCAGCCACGCUGCCACAUCGCCGUUUCGAAUACAAAUACAGCUUCAAGGGGCCGCACCUGGUGCAGAGCGACGGGACCGUGCCUUUCUGGGCCCACGCGGGGAAUGCUAUUCCAAGUUCAGAUCAAAUUCGAAUAGCACCAUCUUUAAAAAGCCAAAGAGGAUCUGUGUGGACAAAGACAAAAGCAGCCUUUGAGAACUGGGAAAUUGAGGUGACUUUUCGAGUGACUGGAAGAGGUCGCAUUGGAGCUGAUGGCCUGGCAGUUUGGUAUACAGAAAAUCAGGGCUUGGAGGGUCCUGUGUUUGGAUCAGCUGAUAAGUGGAAUGGUGUUGGAAUAUUCUUCGAUUCUUUUGACAAUGAUGGAAAGAAAAACAAUCCUGUUAUAGUAAUUAUAGGCAACAAUGGACAAAUCCAUUAUGACCAUCAAAAUGAUGGUGCUAAUCAAGCUUUAGCAAGUUGCCAGAGGGACUUUCGCAAUAAACCCUAUCCUGUCCGGGCAAAGAUUAUAUAUUACCAGAAAACACUGACAGUAAUGAUCAAUAAUGGCUUCACACCGGAUAAAAAUGAUUAUGAAUUUUGCGCCAAAGUGGAAAAUAUGGUUAUCCCUGAACAAGGGCAUUUUGGAAUAUCUGCAGCAACUGGAGGUCUUGCAGAUGACCAUGAUGUCCUUUCUUUUCUGACUUUCCAGUUGACUGAGCCUGGGAAAGAGCCACCUACACCAGAUAAAGAAAUUUCAGAAAAAGAAAAAGAAAAAUAUCAGGAGGAAUUUGAGCACUUUCAACAAGAAUUGGAUAAAAAGAAAGAGGAAUUUCAGAAGGGCCACCCUGACCUUCAAGGGCAACCUGAUGAAGUAUUUGAGAGUGUAGGGGAUCGUGAACUGAGACAAAUCUUUGAAGGACAGAAUCGUAUUCAUCUUGAAAUCAAACAGCUGAAUCGCCAGUUAGAUAUGAUUCUUGAUGAACAGAGAAAAUAUGUCUCCUCCUUGACGGAAGAGAUCUCUAAAAGAGCAGCAGGAAUGCCAGGGCAGCAAGGACAGAUCUCUCAACAAGAACUGAAUACUGUUGUGAACACUCAGCAUGAGAUUUUAAGACAAGUCAAUGAAAUGAAGAAUUCCAUGAGUGAAACCGUCAGGCUGGUCAGUGGUAUCCAGCAUCCUGGGUCUGCAGGUGGGGCCUAUGAGACCACCCAGCACUUCAAUGACAUCAAGGAGCACCUGCACGUUGUAAAGCGGGACAUCGAGAGCCUCGUGCAGCGUAACGCGCCAUCAAACGAAAGACCAAAAUGCCCAGAGCUACCACCAUUUCCAUCAUGUUUAUCUACGGUCCACUUCAUUAUAUUCGUAGUGGUACAAACGGUGUUAUUCAUUGGUUAUAUCAUGUAUAGGACUCAACAAGAAGCAGCUGCCAAAAAAUUUUUUUGACCACCAUUUUCAUGUGUACAUCUUGUAUGUGUGUACAAAAUGUUGUCUUUUUGAGGGACUGUAAGUAUUUAACUUGCUUCAUAGGCUAAAUUAUUAAAUUUUGUAUAAAAUAACUUUAAACAUCGAUUUUCAGUAAGAAUAGACCUUAAAGACAACCACAUGUAAAUUUGUGCAUAGUACAUAAAAUCUAUUUAAAUUUCAGUGAAUUUCUGGCCAGCAGAAUAUAGCCACUGAACAGAAUAUUGAUAAAUAAGAGGGUAAAUAAUAAAAAAUGGGGCAACCCCCAGAUAUGAAAGUUACCCCUAAGUCUUGAAUGUUGGAGGUUUUUUUUAUUUAAUAUAAACACACUUGCCCUCCUGCCCCCCAAAUAUGAGGUCUAGCUGAGCGCUCCUCAUCAUGAUUAUUUUGUAACAGUCUUUUUUAAGAGGUCAGAAUUUCCUACUCUGAGACCCAGUCCCACAAUCCUGUCAUCUAAUACCCCUGCUGAAAUCAAAGAAUAUUUUGUCUGAGAGCAUUACGAUCUGGGUAAUAGGCUUCAUGAUGUUUAUUGAAGUAUUUUUCCCUCUGAUUAUCAGUGAUAUAUUUCACCUUUAAAGGAAAUCUUUGGAGAACAUUAAGAGCUGCUCUUUGCCUAAAAAAUAUUUAGGUGAACACAUUCCUCUGAUAAUAGUUUUUAUGGGUGUUUUGCCUGGUAAUGUGUUCAUUUCAUGAUUGCUCAUUUGCUUAAAUGUCUUCAUUUUAACAGUGUCAGUUCAAUAUCAUGAGAAUAUUUUUUGCGUUUGUAUUUGUAAUGUAAGGAACAUAUUCUCCUUUUUUGUGCAGCUUGCAAAUUCAGCUCAGAUUGCAUGUUCAGAGGAUAUUUUGGUUCACAAAACCCACCACUAUGUUCUGGUUUACAUUAUUCCAUACAACUGGUGUUGGUGACUCUGCAUACUUGUGUAAAUCAAGGAGGCUGGAUAGGAGACGUGUUAAGACUCUUGAAAGCAAAAUUUGAAAAAUCAGAGUUAAUACUUCUGAUUCCCUUCUUUCAGUGCCAGAACUAAGGCUGUUGUGAAGCGCUUGUUAGUAAGCCCAACAGUGACAUGUCAGACUACAAGUGGUUGCCAUAGUCUUUGUACAGAGUCCUCAGUCUGUUAGUGUCAUUUUUAAAUGCACUUGAUUUUGUUUUCACAGCUGAUGUAGACUUACCUUUGCUGGCUUCAAAAUACUCUUUAUCUGUUUCAGCUACAGUGGUUAUCAUUCGUUUGUCGUAGACUCCAAAAUAACAUUGUUCUGUAAAAUGCAUUCUUCCAAGCCUUCAUAAAUUUAUUCUAAGAUGUCAUUUAUAGAUUGGGCUGGCUGCUUAAAAUUUAUACAAAGACUAUGAAGAACUCUACAUUAUAGCAGUGUCUAACUUGAGCUACGUGUGCGAACAGUCCUAACAGUGCUCUCUAUGCUAGCGUUGUCCUGGAACACUGAUGGGGGGGUUCCGGUUCCCGGCUCAGCUUCCGGCACUUCAGCACAGACGUGCUUCGCUGGUGCUUGCAGUGCUGACAUUUCGAUUCAUGUUUCAGAGACAUCAUCACAGAAGUCACUCUCAUUUCAUUAAAAAAAUUAAUACCUUCAGAAGAGUGUUUAAGUUGUAGACUAUGAACUUGGAAAUCCUCUUGAGAUAAAAGGCUUCCAAAUACUCAGUAUUAGAAAUCCGUGGUCACGUGUGCCUGAAUUUAUUAGCGGAACAUACCAGACCGAUGCAGUUACAUUUUCAGGCUGAAGCUCCAGAGGAGUCGUUCUGAUCGUUUCCAUAGAAAUGGAGACAGCUGGUGGGGAAGAUCAUGAGCAGGAGUCACUUCUACUUGGUCAUUGCUAGAAGGGACUCCGCAAAGCAGGUCACACAGGUGGUUAUCAUAGCGUUGAAAUUUGUUUUCUUUUCCUCAAAACAAUUGACUUUAGCUCAUUUCUGAAGAAAAAUGUUUGCUCUGUGGAAAAAUCAGUCACUGCCAGGAUUCUUUCAUUUCUAUACUAUUUUGUAUAAUUGAAUUUGUUAACUUCUCACACCAGCAAGUAUUUUACAGGUGCCUUGAGUUAAAAAAUUGAUUUUAAAAGUUUAGUGUAAGUCGUACUUAUGAUGCCACUUUACAAGAAAUGCAAUUACCUAACAGCUGACACCCUGUUUAAUGUGCCUAUUUGUGUCCUGGUUGUUUGGAUGUUUUAUACAGCUGGAAACUUUCCUAUGAAACCACAAACAAUAAAUAGUUUUUGCUAUGUAUUAAAGGAAUGUCAGUGUUUCUCACGGUGUGGUCCAUGGACCUUCUGGGUCCGGAGUGCUUAAUGUACAGCUCCCAGGGCUCCAUUCCAAACCACCUGCACCAAAACUCAGGCAUCGGCUUCAGAAUCGGGUUCAGCAGGUGCUGCAGGUGAUUCUGAGCACACUGAUGUUUGAGAACCACUAAGAAGAGGAGUGGGAAAGCAUAAGGGUUGUUUUGUUGGCUUGCGGCUGAACUGAGAGCAAAUAGGACCCUUUUGUCGUCAGUGAUACUAGCAGAUGUGCACUGAUUCUUGUAUACUUAACAGUUUACUUCAUGUUCUUACUGAAACUUGUGGUUUAGUAGCAACUACAAACUAAACCGAGAUUUUUGCCUGUAGCUCCUCAUACUUUGGUUGAUGGCUUUUAAACUUAAAGCGUCAUUUUCAGAUCAUGGUCGAGCCAUGAAAACUCCCAUCUUCCUGUCUGCCUGUAACACUUUUUGGUAACUUGGGGAAACAAACAUUACUUGAAUAAGGGAUUGCCAGAUCCGCUGCAUCGCCAGACAGUGUGUGUAAAGAUCAUGCCAGUUGUGACUAUGAAGAUGUGAUACCUCUUCCUGCCCGUGGGCCUGUCGCAGGGAGGUCAUGAACAAAGGGUUUCCGUGGGGAUGUUUUAUUUAUACGAUCUAAUGUGAAAUCACCACUUGCAACUUCUUAGAUCUGUAUGUUGCCUGUUUAAUAUAUUUCUUUUAAAGAGUUUUCUAUCCACUGUUCAUUUCAAUUGGAUAACAUUUUGUCAAGUGUUUUUUUCUGAUUGUUAUUUGAUGCUAGCUGGAAUUCAAGAGAUGACAUUGACCUUAUUCAAAUAAAGAAAUAUUUUAGUAAA